AUGGACGGAGAAGCAGCACCUUUCUUGGCUAGCCAGUUUGCUGGUAAAUUACAGUAUCUACUGAUCCCACUUAAUGACACAUUCCAGCUCCUAGAUGUCAAGUCUCCGAUUUCCCCAAGAAUAGGCAAGAACUGGCGUCUUUCAUCAUCUUCCAACGCCUUCAACAAAUCACUGCAGUCUGUGUUGCAAAUCACUUCCCUGUACCCACGGUCCCAAGCUACCUUUUGCAACGACUACUACGUCGUCUCCCAUGUGCUGGAUAGGAAGAUUGUGAUUUCAGAAGAGUCCAUUGCAAAGCUACUGGGUAUGGAGUUCCAACAGGGAAAAAGGAUCAAAAACGUUGAUGCCAAUGUUCCUGGCAUGAGGAAGCUUGUCAAUUUUUCUAUUUAUGACAACUUGACCAUGGAUAGGACCAAGUAUGCUAUAAAGGAUCUGAAGCCCCAGAUGAAGAUCUGGCAAAAUAUUUUCAUAUCCUGCAUCCAUCCCAGAACAGGCGAAACUGAUUACCUCAAUGCAACUCAGAAGGUAAUCAUGUAUUACAUUUCUAGGGGUGAGCCUGUAUGUCUGCCAUUUCUGCUUUUCAACUAUCUGAAGGAAUGUGUUGAGAAGUCAAGAACUACUGGAGGUGAGAACAAGAUGUCUAUUUCUUACAUUCCUUAUGGAAGGUUACUCUCAGAUAUCUUCACUCAGAAUCGGUUGGUCAAGGCUCUUUUUGAUCUGGGACUUCAUGAUGAUUUGGCUAUGACCAUUGGAGAUCCUCUAAAUGGAACUAAGCUGAAGAGAAUGCAGAUUAUUGAGAAAUUUCAGAUUGAACCGAAAGAAGACACAUCUGAAGAGAUUCAUCAGAAGAACUACCCUGUUAAUGACUUUCCUCUAUGCAAGCCUUCAGAUCCCAAAGGCAAAGGGAUUCUGAUAGAGAAGACCAAGAAGAUAAAGGCAGCAUCUAAGUCAGUGGUCAUCAGGGAACCAGUUCCAGAACCCUCUCCUGAAAGAACUCCAGAAGAGUCAUAUGAGGAAUCUCAAUCUGAUGAUUCUGAAAGCUCUAUGGAUUCUUCCUCUGGAAACCAAGAAGAAGAAGUUCCACCUAGAAAGAAUGUCAAGAGGAAAGCAAUUAUUGAAGAAUCAUCUGAUGAGGAAACCGAAGAUGAUGUUCCUCUUGUAAAAAGGCAAAGAAUUCAAACAGCUCAAGUUGAAGAAGAUGUUGAGCAGGAUGACUGUGAGAUCAUUGAAAAUGUGCUCCAAGUCAUAAGGGAAUCAGAAGAAGCUGAAGAUUCAACUGAUUCAGAUGUAGAGCCCAUAGGCAAGAGGCUGAAACUGCCUCUGAAGGGUCCACUUCAGAAGAAGGAGUCAGGACCACAGCAAACAUCUGAGAAGAUCUCAGAAGUACAAAGAGAAAGGAGAUCAAAGACAGCUUCAGAUCCUGCAAGGACAGCCAGACCCACCAGAUCCAUCCCUCUUAGUGAAUCAAGUAAGGAACCUGCUAAAAGCAUUAAUUUAGAUUCUGCUUUAGUAGUUAUUCCUGAACAAUCUCAGCCUAUAUCUACAUCUCUGCCAACAUCAACCCAAACAGCUCCCACUCAAACAGAACCUCAAACACAAGCCUUUUCUCAAGCUGAAACACAAAACCCCCAACCAAACAUCCAAACAGCUACCACUGCCAUUCCAUUCAUCCACAUACAAACCUCUUCCACAUCCACCACAACUGAACCUGUACCUGUCUUUAAUUCUUUCAUUCAAGGUAUCGUUCAAAGUGAGGCUACCCUAAGAAAUUUGGUUCAACACUUCACUCCCAAGCCUCCAUACACUUCAAAGACCCUCCUGCUAACUCAAACUGUGAACUCACGAGAUCUGAGUUUUACCUCCCCUGAGAAGACUGCUACCUCCAGGAAAAGGCAAGUGACGAUCUCUGAAGCUGAGCAUAUGGAUGAAUCUGACCACUCAAGAAUAGAGAAGAAUCAUGCAAUUGAUUCUACUCCCUCGGGACAACCCAGAACUGAUAGCUCCAAUGCUUCAAGCUCAAAUGCAACCAGAACUCCUCAACCUGUUCUGACCUUGGCAACCUCCUUCCGACCUCAAAAUCUCAUUCAACUCAUUCAGGAGUUCUCUGAAGAGGCAACCAGAAGACUGAAAUGGUUAAAUCUGGUAACUGAUAAUCAGUUUGAUGCUUCAUUUGUUGAUGAUGUUACUGAAGUUGAGAAGCAAGUGCCAAUUCAAGUUGAUGCUGAAAUUCCAUCAGAGGCAGAAGUUCCUACCCCUGUUCAAGCUCCAGAACCUUCUCCUCAUCCAGAAGUUGCUACUCUUGCUGCCAGGAUUGACAGAAUUCAAGAUGAUUAG